AUGUUCGCUCGCGUCUUCAUCCUGGCGGCCUUCCCAUUCGCAGCAGCCAAGGGCCUGCGGGGAAUCACCGACGUGGCCUGCAGCGGCACCGGGUUGCCCAAGGCUCCGGCGUGCUACGGGGGCUCGCUGCUGGUGGAAACCUUCCACAUCAACGUUUUGUCGGUGGAUGGCAACGUGGGGGUCGUGGACUUGAAGGCGGACGGUGCCCACGAGGGCCAGUGCAACGGCGCCCAGUUCCAGCACAACGAGGGAGCCAUCACCAUCGAGAACGACAGCUGCGGCUUGUCGGAUCUCGCGGGCUACGACUACACCGUGCAGUACUGCUCGGAUCAGGACCACCUCAUCGUCAACCUCGUGAAGCCCGUGAACGUGAGGGUUGUGCUGGAAAGCCAAACCUGCCCACCUGCUGGAGAGGUCUGA